UCUUGGAGCUUUUAUCUCUAAAUUUAAACAAUCCUCCUUGUAACUCGGCCAUGUCUUGCGUUCAAUUCUAAAUUUCCACUAUCCGCCGCCUCGUUGAAUCGUCCACCAUCCCUGUCUCCGUCAUCAUUUGAACCCCCCUCCAAACAAAAAAAAAAAAUGGCUUCGAGAGCAGUCAUCUUGCGUCUGUUGAGACGUGAGGCACAAGUUGGCCCCUCACAGCUCUCUGGAGCUCCUCCAUCCGUGAUUGCUGCUUCAAGAUCUGUCUCAACAUCGACCAGGUUGCUCUCAACGUCUGCGCGACGCACCGGACUGCGUUUCUCCGCACCCGCACAGACUCGAGCGUUUUCGCAGUCGCUAUCCCGGAAACUCACUGAUGAGAAUGGCCAUUUUGAUCCCCGCCAGGUGGAGAGAGAAUCAGACGAUGUCGAUGUUUGUAUUGUUGGUGGUGGCCCCGCUGGUCUCGCCGCUGCUAUUCGAUUAAAACAACUCGCCAACGAAGCUGGAAACGAGGAGUUUCGUGUAGUUUUACUGGAGAAAGCUGGAGAAUUGGGCGCCCACAUCCUUUCCGGCAAUGUUCUGCAACCCACGGCGAUGAACGAGCUGCUCCCGGAUUGGCUCUCAGAGGACAACCCCUCGCGAUUCCAGUAUGUCACACCGGCAAAGGAAGAUAAAAUGCGGUUCCUGACGAAGAACUCGUCCUUCCCGAUCCCCGCCCCUCCGCAGAUGCACAACCAUGGCAAUUACAUCAUCAGCUUGAACCAGCUGACCAAAUGGAUGGGCGAGCGCGCGGAGGAGCUCGGAGUCGAGAUUUACCCGGGAUUUGCUGCUAGUGAACUGGUCUACAAGCCGGACGGAUCGGUGCUUGGUGUCGCAACUAACGACCUGGGCGUUGGCCGGGAUGGCAAGCCGAAGGAUAACUUUGAGCGGGGAAUGGAAUUCCAUGCUCGGGUCACCCUUCUUGCGGAGGGUUGCCACGGUAGCCUGACCAAGCAGGCCAUCAAGAAGUACGAACUCAGGCGAGACAGCCAACCCCAAACCUAUGGAAUUGGAUUAAAGGAAGUUUGGGAAAUUCCGCCCGAGAAAUUUAAACCUGGAGAGAUCGUGCACUCCAUGGGAUAUCCGCUCCCGAAGGAUACCUAUGGCGGAGCUUGGAUGUACCACUUUGGCGAAAAUAUGGUGAGUAUCGGCUUAGUCGUUGGUCUCGAUUACCCGAAUCCGUGGCUGUCUCCCUAUGGAGAGUUCCAGAAACUGAAGCACCACCCGCUGUUCAGUGAGGUCUUGGAGGGGGGGAAGUGUAUCUCGUAUGGGGCUCGCGCGCUGAACGAGGGUGGGUUCCAGUCCAUUCCCAAGUGUGCUUUCCCCGGCGGAGCCUUGAUCGGCGACAGCGCUGGAUUUUUGAAUGUCCCCAAGAUCAAGGGUACCCACACGGCCAUGAAGUCAGCAAUGCUGGCGGCGGAAUCGACCUUCGCAGCUCUGCAAAAUGACGAGGGUGGCUCGGUUUUCCUGUUCGACUACGAAGACUCUCUCCGGAAGUCGUCUAUCUGGAAGGAAUUGUAUGAGGUCCGCAACAUGCGACCUUCGUUCAGCACCCCCCUUGGUCUUUUCGGAGGCAUCGUCUAUUCCGGACUUGAGGCGUAUGUUUUCAAGGGUCGAGUCCCUUGGACCCUGAAACACCAUGGCACCGACGCGGCCGCCACCAAGGCCGCAUCUGAAUUUGAGAAGAUCGAGUACCCCAAGCCCGAUGGUAAGAUCAGCUUCGACAUCCUGACGAGCGUGAGCCGAACCGGUACCAAUCACGAGGAGGACCAGCCUGUGCAUUUGCAGGUGGCUGACUGGGACAAACACACGGAUAUCUCCUGGCCUAAGUACCAGGGGGUUGAGAAUCGAUUCUGCCCCGCUGGUGUGUAUGAGUAUGUCGAGGACGCGAGCAAGCCCCAUGGUGUUCGCUUCCAGAUCAAUUCUCAAAACUGUAUCCACUGUAAGACUUGUGACAUCAAAGUACCAACCCAGGAUAUCAACUGGCAGACUCCUCAGGGUGGAGAGGGACCGAAGUAUUUCAUGACAUAAGGACUAUUAAAAUCCACAGAGACACUGUAUAUAUACAUAUUAGAGCCUUUCUUUUUUCUGACCGUGGCGAAUCCAAUCCUCUAUAUUCUGAGAUACUCUGGAUAGGAUGCCCCGUGGGGACUUGGACGGAACCGUGGAAAUCCGUAGAUCGGGACCAACGCUUGCUCUAUACAACUCAGUAAAUAGAAUCCUGUAUCAUCGCAUCGAAUUCGACAUUUGGAUGAAGAUGAAGCGGGGCCACGUGGAUCCCUCCGUUCAAAGUGAGGCGACGCGGUUUUAAAACGAAAAUCGACUGGUUGGAAAAAGAGGCGACCUUU